UGUUAUUAUUGGGCUAAAAUGUACGCCCCCUAAAACUACAACACCCACAAUCCAGUGCGCGGGUUGUAGUUCCGGGGUCAGUGACCAUCGUCCAGGAGGAAGGUUGAUGCAUGUGGAUGUAGUGUCUGUGGAGCGCUGCGAUGCCCCUGGAGGUAAAAUGGCCGUUCCCGCAGUGCCCUGCUUUGGCGUGGAGGGUCUCCAGCUCACUGAUCAUGGGCAUGGUGGGCUCCUACUCCUACUUCUGGACCAGUAAGUUGGAGCAUCUGUACAAAGACACCGUAAAACCAGCGAGAACAUUCUCAGUUGCAAACCAGACUAAAUUUUCAAUCUCUCAAUUUCCAGAGUACAUGAACUACAUGACGGUCCACAACCACAAGGUUUUGUGGGACCUGAUUGACCGGAGGCCCUCGGACACACCCCUCAUCACUCUGUCCAAUCACCAGUCUUGUAUGGAUGACCCACACAUCUGGGGUGUACUGAAGCUCAGACAUUUGUGGAACUUCAACAAGAUGCGUUGGACUCCUGCAGCAUCUGACAUCUGUUUCACCAGAGAGCUGCACUCUCGAUUCUUCAGCCGGGGAAAGUGUGUGCCCGUCUGCAGAGGUGAUGGUGUUUACCAGAAGGGCAUGGAUUUUAUUCUGGAGAAACUGAACAGAGGAGAAUGGGUGCACAUUUUUCCAGAAGGAAAAGUCAACAUGACAGAAGAAUUUAUACGGUUGAAAUGGGGCGUGGGUCGGCUAAUAUCAGAGUGCUCCCUUAAUCCGAUUAUCCUGCCGCUCUGGCAUGUGGGUUUGAGUGACGUUCUGCCAAAUAUGAAGCCCUACAUUCCCCGGACUGGAAAGAGAAUCACAAUCCUGGUGGGGAAACCGUUCAGUCUCAAGGACCUUGUUGAAUCCCUCCGAGCCGAAGACAAGAGCCAGAUGGAAAUGAGGAAGGCCGUGACUGAUUUCAUCCAGGGGGAGUUCUUGAGCCUGAAAGCCCAAGCCGAGGCCCUCCAUGGUCGGACGCAGACCAUAUCCUGAGUCCCAGCCGUCCAGCUUUUGCCUGUUACACUCCUCACAGCCAACAAGUGAAGAUCCUUUACCCUAAACUCAGGGUAAUACCUUUUAUCACUGGAAGUCCCACACACACACACACACACACACACACACACACACACACACACACACACACACAGGACUGUUAUUGACCUCUUGGUGUCCACUCAUCUUCUCAACUGGAACACCUCCGCAGUGAGAUGCACGUAUGAGUCGAGCUUUUGAACGUUUAAGUGCUGCUUAGGGAUCCUAUCGAGGGCCAUUUCCAUUAAUGUGGAUGCAACACAAAUUAUUAUUUUAAUACAGCAAAUGCAUGAUUUAGUUGCUGGGAGUCAACUGCCACCCAAACCAGCAUAAGCAGCCUGAAAAAUAAAACAGACUAGUGGACGAUUGAGUUACUUGAAUUCAUACCAAUCAAUGCAAUGACCUCUAAGCAGCCAGUCACUGAAUUCUGAUUCAGAAGAGUGAAAGAUUGUGAAUGUUUGUAGCCUCUAGACCAAAUUUCUGCAGUAUGAUUAGUCAUUUAACUGGUACCAUAAACCCAGCCUGGUGUCCUGAUAAUUACUCCCAUAUAGGAUUCAAUGCCUCAUGGUUAACAUGCAGUGCCAAUACAGGAAGUAGUGUAGCAGCGAGGUGCAGCAGACCGGAGUUAGCAGCUUGUCACCGACCUGCAACCUUUUUAUUUACCGUAAACAUGAUCUCCUAACCUUUAAAAUUAUAAUCAUUUCAUUUCAGUCUUGUUGCUCAUUGAACAGCUACUUUUAUAGCACAGGAGAGCAGCUGGUGUAUGUGUUUACAGUGCAGCCAAUCAAUCUCAGGUUGUUUUAAUUAAUCAGCCUCUCUUCUUUCCAUCAUGCCAGAACAGCUGCAACCUGAUUUCAUGCUGUACACAGCACCUGUAGUUUUCCACACAGUAAAAGCACUUACCUUGUUGAGGAGUUGGAGGUGUGCUGCUUUUUUAAAAUCAUCUAAAAAUGACUGUUUCUUUAGUUUUGCUUCACGCUAACCUGGGUGAGAAAUACUUUGUUUCCUUCGGCUGCUUCACAAUAAAAGCCACCUUGUGUUUCACCAGUUGAAUGGUUUUAACGUGAGGCAGCAGUAACAUGUUGGGUCAGCAUUAGCACUGACUUCAUACAGCUCUGAUACGGCUGGAAGAGAGUGAACAGAAUAAAUUACAACCAGUAACAGUGGAUGGCGGACUCCGCCACUAACAAUGAAAGCUUCUAUACAGAGCAGAAUGUAAAUGCAUUGACGGGCUAUUGCAGAAGAAAUGCUGACCAGAAAGAAUAUUUAAAAAAUCAGGUUGGGUUUUAUGAAAAAGUUUAAGUUUAAAGGAUUAAAACUUAAAUGUUUUAGUUCCCUUAACCUAGCCAAACCUUCGCCAUAGCUACAAUCUUUCUCUAACCGUAACCAUAACUAGCAUGCACAGAUAAUGUUGAUGUGAUUUUAAUAAUGUUGGCGCUGGAUGUAAAAGAAGAAAAAGGUGGCAUCCAUCUCAUUUUUAGGAGAACUUAAAUACUGAAUAUUAGUACGCAGUGGAGGGAUAUAGAUUUAUAAUUCGUUCAUCGGGAGGUCUGAACUGUACUGCAUGGUUUACUGCGGACAUUAUAGAGAGGCAUGCAGAGUAAAUGAUCGGUAGGAUAGUAUGAUCGGACUAUCAUAUGAUUUGCUUUUAUUACGUCCAUGCAUAUUGUCCGUAACGUCACCACGAGCCCUGCUCUCUCUGUGUACGCUCUCAGAUCCAUUUAUUAAAACUGUAGAUCAUUUCUUUUCCAGAUGAAGUUUUAAAGUUUUCUGUUGGAUCGGCUCAACCUCUGAAUGCCCCCCCUGCAGAUGUAUAUAACUUAUUAUAUCACAGAGAUCAGCGGCUUUUAUAAGGGAGGUGUGAUCUGUGGUUGUUUUAUAAAUGUACCGCCUUACUGUGAUUGCCACUCUUUCCUACUCUACAGUGUGUGAGUACCAAUAAAGUAUUUGAACUUUUCUUAAAGAAGCCUA